GCAUAAUGUAGCUGGUGGGGGGUUUGCGUCACGUGUUGUUUGCAUUCCCUCUGAUACUGAUUUCUUUAUGAAGGUUGAGGGUGGAAGUUGACCAAUUAUCAUGAUCAUAUAACCAUCUCACUGUUUGUUUGGGGGCUGGUUGGUGUUUUUGUGACAAGAGAGGUGAAACUCCUCUCUAUGGAACCAAUCAGUGGGCAGGUCAGGGGUCAACACUAUAUCAGCUCGGCAGUUGGACACAUUUCUUAUUCUGUAACAGCAACAACAGACAUACAGACAUUACUAGCAGAUCAACUUUUGGAAGACUUUUGAAACGAAACUUACUAUUUUACCUUCAGUCAUGGCUCCAAUUUUACUGAGGAGUAUGGGGAACGACCACAAUGAGUACAUCAAGUAAGUAUUUGGACAGUUUCAGUUAAAUCUUUCGGCUUUUUUAUCUUGAUUUUCAGAGCAUUUACUUAGAAUUCACUCGAACUGUCCAUUUAUGAAUAAAAUCUUCAUUAUUCCUUUCAGACAACAGGUUCAAGUGAAAAAUCCUUACCUGGACACCAUGGAGGAGGAUAUUCUCUACCACUUCAGCCUAAGCACCAAGACUCACAACCUUCCAGAAAUGUUUGGCGAUAUCAAGGUGCAUGAGCUGGAAUUUAACACGAAAGUUAAAGUUGUGCUCAUAAUUUUAAAACAAGAAACUCAUUUGCCAUUUUCUUGCUUCCUCGCAGUUUGUGUGUGUCGGCGGCAGUGCCAAUAGGAUGAAGGCUUUUGCCCAGUUUAUCCACCAGGAGCUGAAACUAUCUGGAAACCCAGAGGAUGUGAGGGACAUCUGUGAGGGAACUGACCGUUACUGCAUGUACAAAGUAGGACCGGUGCUGUCUAUAAGUGUAAGUAUUACACUAGAUUUUCCUAGUUUGCUUCCUCUUUGAUUGGAUGAACUUCAAAUGUUGUUUUACUUUUAUUUCACCUUUAAAGAAAUCUCUAUCUCGACCUUGUUUCUAUCUCAGCAUGGCAUGGGUGUCCCCUCCAUCUCCAUCAUGCUGCAUGAGCUCAUCAAACUGCUGCACCAUGCCCAGUGCCUUGAUGUGGUCCUGUUUCGCCUUGGGACUUCUGGUGGUGUUGGUAAGAUUCAUUAACUGUCUUUAUUUUGAGAGGAAAUGGUGUUCUUCUUUGAUUACUCUUCAACCUUGAGUUCAGAUUUAAAGCUGAUCCGUUGUUGUCUGUAGGCUUGGCACCAGGUACAGUGGUGGUCACAGAUAAAGCCGUGGACUACUCCUUCCGCCCCCAGUUUGAGCAGGUGGUUCUUGGUAAAGUCAUCACCAGGAGCACUGAGCUGAAUGAGGAAGUGGCCAGUGAACUUCUGCAGUGCUCCUCUGAGCUUCAAAACAUCCCCACAGUGAUCGGAAACACCUUGUGCACCCAUGACUUCUAUGAAGGUUUGAGCAAUCUCUCAUGCUUAAGGGUGUUUGUAAUGACAUUGCUCUAACAGGUCAAAAGAGUUGAUAAGUUGUGACAAAUGUCACGCUGUGUCUCUGUAGGUCAGGGCAGACUUGAUGGAGCUCUCUGCUCCUUCUCUCAUGAGGAGAAACUGGAGUAUCUGCAGAAAGCCUACGAUGCUGGAGUGAGGAAUAUUGAAAUGGAGUCCACAGUGUUUGCUGCCAUGUCUCGUGUCUGUGGCCUUAAAGGUAUUCUUUUUGGUAUAAAAUAAGGGAUAUUUUCUUUCUUGCAAAUAAAAUAAGCAUGCAUUACUAUUUUUUGAAUAAUGAUAUAGUUUGUCUGAAACAUAAUUCUACUUAUUUGUCUUCUUGUUUCCAGCGGCUGUCGUCUGUGUUGCAUUGCUGAACCGCUUUGAGGGCGACCAGAUUACCUCCCCUCAUGAUGUCCUGGUGGAAUACCAACAGAGACCUCAAGCCCUGGUGUCCCACUUUAUCAAAAAACGACUGGGACUCAUAGCCUAAAACACCUCGAUAUUCUACCCUGACCCAUCUACUCAAUGAAAAUGUAAAUAGUUGUUGACUUAUAUGUGGAUUUGUAUAUACCUACACUGUGUGAAACAUGUUGAUAUGGGCAUUAGACACUUAUUUAUGAUUUUGUUUAUGAAGCUAAGAUUAUUAGUAUGUUACAUAGAAAUAAAUAUGUUGUAUCUUAAUAUUUAAUACUGUAGAGCAUGUGUAAGAUAACUUACUCUCUGGAGACUGUGUUUUUUAUCUUUGGACAUUUGGACAUUAAAUGCACAUAAUAAACAAGCACAAAAAAGAGACUAAGUUUGUAUAUCAUAAUCAUUUUAGCUACAACUAUUACUGAAAUGCAUCAGAAAGUUUCUCUUUUACUGAAAGGACAAAAUGUGGACCUUCCUAUUAAGUAUUGUUGCAUAAAAUGUAGUCAUUUCUUCCAAAUGCAAUUUUCCUUUAUGUGACAAAAGUAGCCAAUUAAUAUUGGAAUUCAGGUCAUUUCGGGUUGUUCACAUGUUGUCACUCAAAGGUGCUCUGUUUUUCUGUAUUUCUCUGUAUAGUUCAAGACCUACAAUAAAAGUCUAUAUUGAUAAUUGCAUUGUGUCACAUGUGGUCAAUACAUUAGGUUCUGUUUACUUUGUUCGAGGGCAGCAUUUGUACCGACACAGUGUGACAUGAGCAUCUGCAAACGUGAGGCAUUAAUGUUAUUUAAUUGAACUCAAACACAACAAUAGCUGGAGGGAUUUAAUACAGAAACCUCUUACAAGCCCUGAGUCAGAAUUUAAUUAUGGAUUUUGUGUCCGGUCUGGGUGGUUUGGGGGGCUUGAUAACAGACAUAACCUCUUUGGCAUACUGGCUGUGAUGCAGACCGGCCUCCCGCAGAGCCUGCUCAACACGCACUCUCGGGUCAGACACAAUCUGGAAAACAGAUGUUAAAAAAAAAAAAAAAAAAAAAAACACUGUGAGCAAUAAAUCUCCAGCUUUUCCACACAAAAUCCCACCCACAGUGUCUCAUUUUAGGUUUAAUUGUUUAGUCCACACAACACUUGGAACAAGGUUAAACACUCAUC